AUGGCUAUGGAACAACCUUGUCCUUACCCACCUUUCCCCCAGGCGCUGAGUUCCAGCCGUCCUGAGGUGGCAUCCCUGCUGGUGUGUCAGCUGUGUGAGCGGCUGUACAAGCAGCCCAGGAUCCUCUCCUGUCUGCACACCUUCUGUCACAAGUGUCUGCAGUAUGAGGUCCUGAAGCAGGGAGGGGAGGGGCAGGGAACCAUGGCCUGUCCUGUCUGUGCACAACAUACAGCACUGCCCAGAGGCAUCGCUUCCCUACCAGACAACCAUGUGAUCACCAAGAUGCAGGAGGCUGAAGCCAUCAUGAGCGGGAACAUCCACUGUACCAACUGUGACAUUGCAGGGGCCAUAGCUGCAGCCAGGUGCAAUGACUGUCCAGAGUUCCUCUGCGCUCACUGAGCCAGCAGGACCUGACAGCCUUCUCACAGCCGCUGUCCUGCCAGACACACUAGGAGGAGCCACUGGAGCUGUUCUGUAACACAUGCGAAGUCCUGA